GUGGCGGGGCCUUGACGGCAUUCUUUACUUGUGUCUUGACCAUAGAUGGGAAAAGAUGUGGUACUAUAUAGAACCAACACAUUGAUAUGUAUGAUGAGAUGAUCUAGGUAAGCAGCAUUCCAAAAUGGGGAGGCAGUUUCUCAAAUUCUUGGUGUUGAGUGUAAUCCUUUUGGUUCGAUUCCAAGGGCAGGAAGGUUGUCUGGAAGAGGAGAAGAAGGCGCUGUUAGAAUUGAAGGCAUUCGUUAAGUCAGAUGGUUAUGAUGCAGAUCUUCUGCUUCCGUCGUGGGUUGGUGACACACACAGUAACUGUUGUAAUUGGGACAGAGUCACCUGCAACUCUUCCACUGGACACGUGAUCGAGCUCUCCCUCAGCAAUACAAGGCAAAUCGAUACGGAUAUUGAGAGCAUGUUCGAUUACUCCGAAAAUGAAUGGUAUUUUAACAUCUCCUUGUUGCAGCCUUUUAAGGAGCUAAGAAGCCUUAAUUUAUCCUACAAUAAAAUUAGUGAUUGGAUCCAGAAUCAAGGUGUUGGAAGCUUGUUAAGACUAGAACAGCUAGAGGUGUUGGAUCUUUCUGGUAACUAUUUUAGCAAUAGCGUCCUGCAAUCCUUGAGAACACUCACAUCCCUCAAGAAUCUGAUAAUCCAUUUCAAUUCGUUCAUCGGAUCAUUCCCCUCCCAAGAAUUGUCUGUUUUUGAAAACUUGGAGGAACUGGAUUUAAGUUUCAAUGGACUAUCUGAUCCCAAAAGUUUCCCUGAGCUAAGAAAGCUCAAAUACUUGGAUCUGAGCAUAAACGUCUUCAGUAAACAUGUGAUGAGGCUUUUGGCCAGACUUCCGUCCCUCAAGUAUCUUGACCUAACUGACAAUUCUUUAAGGGGUGGCCUUACUCGCCAAGAAGAGCAACACUAGCACUGGAGUCAAUAUCAUCAUCAAAUUCAGAAAUUUGGCUCACUUGGGAUUGGCUACUGUCACCAACUUUCUCAAGAGGAGGUUGUAUAUUUUUUUGGUAUUCAAUAAACAACUCUUCCAUUGUUUUUUUCAAACUCACGUAAAUCGAUGAAGCCUGCUCAUUUGAAUACAUUUUUCUCAAAUAAAACUCCACAAAUACAAGUUUUUUCCUUGGAUCAAGAAUAGAGGCAACAUAAAGCAGCUUAUUCAUUUUUUCUAUAUUUCCCCAAUACUUAUCAAAUUUCUCUUGCAUUUUCUUUGCCAUUGUUUGCAACUCAACAUCAGGAUAUCUUUGUCUAUCUCUCAAAAUGCAAUCUAUACCACAAAUAUCAUCAAGAAAAGUAUUAACAGUGG